UGGAUCUCCAUCGAAUACUCAAUACUCUACGUCCACAGCGAAUCGCAGUCCUUCCUCACUCUCCUCGUACCCCUCGCACGCGAAUUAGAAAGUCUCGUGCACGAGAAACAACCCGAUCCGAUCGUAUACGUAUCAAGACUGCCCUUGAAUGGGCCACCCCUCGUUCCGUAUGGAGAAGAUAUAAAGACGAAUACGGCUUUACCUUACGUCAAAUCAGGCUUGUUCAACAGAAUCUAAUUACCCCGCAAAAGAAGACUAAGGUUGGACGUAAACCUACGAUCCCGGCAGAGAAGGUUACAAAGCUCAAGGAGUGGCUUUUGGCAAAUCCGGUAUACCGUUAUAUAUCCUUCUAUAACCUACCUACGUGUACGCCAGAGCUUGAGCUACAAGAAUAUGGAUUUGAGGCUAUUCGUACAGUAUUUAAGUCUAUUGGAUAUGGGAGACGGGUGGCUAAAAGAAAGGGAUUUUCAGACGAUCUAGUUCAUAUGGCAUAACGGGUUGCUUUCGCAAAAGAGGGUUUAACUUGGUCCCGGGAACAACUCUAUUUACAAUGCUUUUCAGACGAGGUU